GCAUGCCCACACCUCCGCGGCCCUAAGGUUGCGUCGUCCGCGGGGCCGCGCCGCUGGGGAGCCAAAGGACGGCAAAACCUGGGGGUUCGGCCCGCCACUCCCGUCCCCGACGUCCCAGCCCCCCAAGCCCCCCGAGUUCCCCGGCCGAGGCCCGGGCCCGCCUCGCGCAGCCGAGUUGCCUCCCGCGGCGGGGCCGUGCGUGUCGCCGCGAUGACGCCAUGAGCGUGGUGACGCGCGACGUCGGCGACAGCGUGUGGGAGCGCGGCCGGCGCGCCCAUUUUGAAGCUGCCCGGGGCAGUCGCGGGCCUCGCGGACCCGUCCCGCCGCCGCCGCCGCCGCCGCCUCGGUCCUCGCCGCCCCCGCCGCCGCCGCCGGAGCCAGGGAGGGGCGCGGGGGCCCCGGGCGGGAGGCAGCGAGGCCGCGGCCAUGCCUCCCGGCAAGGUGCUGCAGCCGGUGCUGAAGAUGAAGGUGGACGAGCUGUUCCUGCGCUGGCUCAGCGAGGCCAGCACGCAGGCCAUGCUCCGGGACUGCCUGCGCAGCGUCCGCGCCCCCGCCGGGGCCCUCGUGGGCAGCGGGGACUCGGGGCGCCCCGGGCCCUCGGCCGCCGCCCCCAAGCCGCACGCGCCCCAGAAGCCGGCGGCCCCCGCGCUGCCCCUGGGCGCCGCGUCCAGCCCCCGCGGCGGGCCGCACGCCCGAGGAACGCGCAGAUCCGCGGGCACCUGAGGAGUAAGUCCCUCUUCCUUCUAGCACGUCCACAGGUUCAGACAAAGAAAGAAGACCCUCUGCCACCCGCCACAAGCCAAAGCAUUCCAACCUUUUAUUUUCCUAGAGGAUGUCCGAAGGACGCCGUGGAUGUCGAUGCCGUCAUCUCCCAGGUGGAGGCGACCUUCUCUCACUUCCCCCACGAGAGAGCCACGAUGGACGACAUGGGCCAGGUGGCCAAGGCCUGUGGCUGCCCGCUGUACUGGAAGGGGCCGCUGUUCUACAGCGCUGGGGGCGAGCGCACCGGCCACGUCUCUGUCCACAAGUUCAUCGCCAUGUGGAGGAAGGUCCUGCAGAGCUGCCACAAUGAUGCCGCCAGGUUCACCCAUCUGCUCGUGAGCCCUGGGAGUGAGCACCUGGUGCAGGAGGACUUCGUCCCGUUUGUGCAGGACGUCGUGAACACACACCCGGGCCUGGCCUUCCUGAAGGACGCUCCAGAGUUCCACUCUCGGUACAUCACCACCGUGAGUCACCUCCCAGGGGUCAUUCAGCGGAUCUUCUACACCGUGAACCUGUCCUGGUCGGGGAGGAUCACGUGCACGGAGCUGAGGAAGAGCUCCUUCCUGCAGAACGUGGCGCUGCUGGAGGAGGAAGCCGACAUCAACCAGCUGACGGAGUUCUUCUCCUACGAGCACUUCUACGUCAUCUACUGCAAGUUCUGGGAGCUGGACACAGACCACGACCUGUUCAUAGAUGCCAAGGACCUGGCGCGGCACAACGACCGCGCCAUCUCCACAAAGAUGAUCGACAGGAUAUUCUCGGGGGCGGUGACGCGAGGUAAACGUGUACAGAAAGAGGGAAAACUGAGCUACACAGAUUUUGUCUGGUUUUUGAUCUCCGAAGAAGACAAGAAAACGCCAACCAGCAUCGAGUACUGGUUCCGCUGCAUGGACCUGGACGGCGACGGGGUGCUGUCCAUGUACGAGCUCGAGUUCUUCUACGAGGAGCAGAGCCGCCGGCUGGACAGCAUGGCCAUCGAGGCGCUGCCCUUUGAGGACUGCCUCUGCCAGAUGCUGGACCUGGUCAGGCCCCAGAGCGAAGGGAAGAUCACUCUCCACGACCUAAAGAAAUGUAAACAAGCAAAUGUGUUUUUCGAUACGUUUUUCAACAUCGAGAAGUACCUCGACCACAAGCAGAAAGAGCAGAUGUCCCUGCUGCGCGAGGGCGACGGCGACGGGCCGGAGCUCUCCGACUGGGAGAAGUACGCUGCCGAGGAGUACGACAUCCUCGUGGCCGAGGAGGCCGCCGGAGACUCCUGGGAUGACGGGUUCGAGGCCGAGCUCAGCCCUGUGGACGCCAAGCUGAGCGGGCGGUGUCCCCAGCUGGACCCACGGCCGUUCCUGGAGGCUCCGUCUGCCCUGGGCGCCGUUGACUUGUUUGACUACGAGUGCGAGGACGAGCUGCAGCUGCUGUGAGGCCGUGUGCAGACAGCAGGGCUUUGUAAAGACUGUAUUUAGUCACUGCGUUUGUGAGUGGGAACCGUGUUUGUAUGGAAUGAUAAAUUUUUAUUAUUCACCUCGGGAGCUGGUCAGGGCCGUUCAUUGAUGGAUGUCUGUGCUCUGAGACCCCCAGGCCGGGCAGCCACUUCCUCGGAGAUGUGCUGGGCCCAGGACCCCGAGGGGCUGCAGCCUGCAGCGCCGCCCUCCUGCCCGAGUGUGGCUGCUUCCCCCACGGGGAGCUGGCAGCUGCCUCCCGGGGCCGUGCUGAGCCCCACCCCUCAGAGCACGUCUGCCCCGAGC